GUGAUUGGUUGAGCACUUGAACAGGUGCUAUGCGUCAUCCGCCAUAACGUUGUUCUUGUGAAAUUGAGAAAGUGUACUUUGUUUGCUGUUAAAAUCUGGUAAAAAAUCAGUGUUAAGUUUUCUUUUUGUGUAUCAAAUGAGUGUUUAAAUAUGAGUGAAUGGUAUAGGAUGAAAAACGGAUUCAACAGUCGGCAUAAUUCUUCGGAACUAUCAGUGGAAACAUCUAGUGAAAUGUCAGAAUCAUUCAACAUGUUUUCGGAUAAUUUGAGUCCGAUACCGGCUUCUAUACUGCCUAGGAAGCUGGAUUUUAGCAGUUUGGAUGACGAGGACGGCAUUAGAAAUGCUUCACCGGCUCCUACUUUUAGUCCACCUUACAAAAGAGUCCGGGCUCUCAGAUUAUUCGACAGUCCACACACGCCGAAGUCGCUGCUUGAGAAAUGUUCGACGCCCUCGCACCACCCGCCCCGCUCCAGGCUGUUUCCACCCAAAUUAAACGCAGUUGCAGGCAUGCCAUCGGGCUCCAGUCACCACCUCCACCCGCCGUCUGGCGACGAGGACAGUGCCUUAGGAAGUCUUCCCCCUGAUGAAAUGGACGAGUCCAGGCUGCGUCCAGUAGCCAAUAUCAACCCGUUCACACCAGACGGUCAAGCGUUGAAUAAAAAGAAAAGAGCCUUGUCAAAAACACCGACGUGGGACGCUACUCCUGAACAACCAGCUAAGAGACUAAGGGAGUCGAACAUAUCCCGUUACAAUGUCGAGUUCGUUGAGCUAGGCGUUAUUGGUCGCGGCCAAUUCGGCCGAGUGACCAAAUGCGUGAAUAAGCUGGACGGGUGCGUUUACGCGUUGAAACGGUCUCUGAGACCUGUGGCCGGGUCGGCCGCGGAAAGGGCCGCCCUUACUGAGGUCUAUGCACAUGCUGCGUUAGGGAAACAUGCGCAUGUGGUCAGAUACUACUCAGCGUGGGCGGAAGACGAUCACAUGAUAAUUCAGAACGAAUACUGCGAUGGUGGUUCGUUACAACAGAAGCUCGAAGAAGGACCGUUGGCUGAGAGCGAACUGUUAUUACUGUUAGCUCAUAUAGCCGAUGGAUUAUCUUACAUACACUCCCUCCAAUUGGCACAUAUGGACGUGAAACCUGGCAACAUAUUCAUAUGUGCCGGCGAGACGGAGAGAGCCAAUGAUUCGGACGACGGCUACGGAGAGGAUUCACCUACUUCGGCACACUCUUAUAAGAUUGGUGACCUCGGUCAUGUGACUUGCGUAUCAUCACCAUCAGUGGAAGAAGGUGACUGCAGAUAUCUACCUAAGGAAGUACUACAAGAAGACUUAACUCAUCUAACGAAGGCUGAUAUAUUUGCAUUCGGUUUGACAUUGUUCGAAGCUGGCGGGGGCGGGCCGUUGCCAAAGAACGGGCAACAGUGGCACGAUUACCGCGACGGCAAGUUGCCAGACUUGCCAAAUUUGUCCAGGGAGUUCAAUCAGCUGUUGAAGAAAAUGGUAGAUCCCGACCCCACCGUGAGACCUUCAGCUUCUAGACUACGUAAACACCCAUUGCUGUACCCAUCUUGUAAUAAAAGCAAGUCGCAGCUCAGAAGAGAGUUGGCCGCCGCGAAAAUGAAGAACGAAUUGUUGGCGAGGAAACUGCAGGAGGCAGCUAGAUGUAUAAAAUCAUUAACACCCAACUUGGUGGUCGCUCAAGAUUCAGCCAAAUUCCGGACUCGGUCAGCAAAACGAUUACAAAAACCCAAGAUGGACUCUCAUCUAGUAGACAUCAUGCAAUCAGUGUCACCGAUGAGAAUAGACAGACGGACAGACAGAAGAGGGAAGAAGAUAAACCGUUACAUGAAGUGAGAAAAUGCUAAAGCUAUCGAAGAGUCAUUCAAACUAUCUCGCUCUUUCAUACGACGCUUCCAGCAGAUAGAAAGAGAUGGAGCGAUUGAAACUCGAAUACAGAUGAUCGACACGUGUUUACUUAACAAUUACUGACAAACGAGUGACACCUUAAAGUGCCUUUUUAUUAAAUGUAAUAUUAAGAAAAACAAAAUGAUUGUGAUUUAUGUAUGUGCUUUUAAAAUACGAAUUUACGUGUAUAAUAAAUGAAUAAAUAAUAAUCAAUUUAAUGUCACGAUGUACACAAUCUACAAUUGAAGAGUUUAUAAUGAUUUUGGGGUCACAAUUGCUUGAAUUCUGAUAUUGGUUGUUUGAAGGAUUUGGUGCUGUUUCAAUAUCAGAGGUCGAGCCAUUCUCACCCCUAAAUACCAGACAUGAAAACUGUGCUGUGAAGAAUAUAGUUAAGGAAGCCAUGUGAGUUACUCCAAAACUACAACGGAUUUUAAUGCGGUUUUACCAUCAAUCGGAUAAUUUAUCAAGAAAUCUUUAUAUUAUUUUUAAUAGGGGAUGAAAUUAUAUUUCGUCUGUCAUUAAGAUAAUCAAAAAAUAAUGGACACUAAUUUUGUUUUUUUUCGAGAAAUUGCCCAGUUUGGGAAAGGGGGCUCGCGACGUCACUUCUAAGUAAAAAUUGUACCAAGACGUGACGUCAUGCAACUUUUCAA